CUGCUGGCUGCGAGCGGGAGCCGAGCGCGAGCAGAGCGCAGCCGCGAGGGACGCGCGGGGGAGGCGAGCCGGAGCCCAAGCGCUAGCAGCAGCAGCAGCAGCAGCAGCAGCCAGUGUCGAGCGAGAGCACCCAGGCGGAGCCGGAGCCGGAGCCGCAGCCGCAGCCGCGAUGGCCGUGGCGGUGGGGAGACAGUCUAAUGAAGAGCUUCGAAACUUGUCCCUUUCUGGCCAUGUUGGAUUUGACAGUCUCCCUGACCAACUGGUCAACAAGUCUACUUCUCAAGGAUUCUGUUUCAACAUCCUGUGUGUUGGUGAGACAGGCAUUGGCAAAUCCACGUUAAUGGAUACGUUAUUCAACACCAAAUUUGAAAGUGACCCAGCUACACACAACGAACCAGGUGUCCGGUUAAAAGCCAGAAGUUACGAGCUUCAGGAAAGCAAUGUACGGCUGAAGCUAACCAUAGUUGACACCGUGGGAUUUGGAGACCAGAUAAAUAAAGAUGACAGCUAUAAGCCAAUAGUGGAAUACAUCGAUGCCCAAUUCGAGGCCUAUUUGCAAGAGGAACUGAAGAUUAAGCGUUCUCUCUUCAAUUACCAUGACACGAGAAUUCAUGCCUGCCUCUACUUUAUCGCCCCCACGGGACAUUCACUGAAGUCCCUGGACCUGGUCACCAUGAAGAAGCUGGACAGUAAGGUGAACAUUAUUCCAAUAAUUGCAAAAGCGGACACAAUUGCCAAGAAUGAAUUGCACAAAUUCAAAAGUAAGAUCAUGAGUGAACUAGUCAGCAACGGCGUCCAGAUAUAUCAGUUCCCUACUGACGAAGAAACGGUGGCAGAGAUUAAUGCAACGAUGAGUGUCCACCUCCCGUUCGCAGUGGUUGGCAGCACUGAAGAGGUGAAGAUCGGCAACAAGAUGGCAAAGGCCAGGCAGUACCCCUGGGGCGUGGUGCAGGUUGAGAAUGAAAACCAUUGUGAUUUUGUGAAGUUGCGGGAGAUGCUGAUACGUGUGAACAUGGAGGACUUGCGAGAACAGACACACACCCGCCAUUAUGAGUUGUAUCGACGCUGUAAACUUGAGGAGAUGGGGUUCAAGGACACUGACCCUGACAGCAAACCCUUCAGUCUUCAGGAGACAUAUGAAGCAAAAAGGAAUGAAUUCCUGGGAGAAUUGCAGAAGAAAGAAGAAGAGAUGAGGCAGAUGUUUGUUAUGAGAGUAAAGGAGAAAGAGGCUGAACUUAAAGAGGCAGAGAAGGAGCUUCACGAGAAGUUUGACCUUCUAAAGCGGACACAUCAAGAAGAGAAGAAGAAAGUAGAAGACAAGAAGAAGGAGCUGGAGGAGGAGGUGAACAACUUCCAGAAGAAGAAAGCAGCAGCUCAGCUAUUACAGUCCCAGGCCCAGCAGUCUGGGGCCCAGCAAACCAAGAAAGACAAGGAUAAGAAAAAUGCAAGCUUCACAUAAAGCCUGGCAAGCCAAGGAUGUUCCCGCAUUCACCUGCUUUUGCAGUAAUAGUGUAUCUCUGCCAUCUGUGUCCUUUUGUUUUAUUUUGUUUUGCCCUUCCCCAAACACCAAUAACUCUUAACUCAUUUUGCUGAAUGUUGUCGGGUGGUGGAAAACCAUAGAACAAGGGAAUAACAACAAAAGCUCUGUGCAGCUGGACUUUGUUUCUGGAAAAGUAAAUGAUUUGCCUUUCAUGCCUGUUCCGAAUGGCAGCAGGAAGCAUGCCUGUUAUUUGUAUGUCGCUUUGGAUCAAGGAAAGUGGGGUAAAAUGCUACCUGUACGUCUGAUGUGAAAACUUCUCACCGCCUCAGCAGCUGAACUAAAACCCUGAAUAGCCAUGACAACAACUUGCAUUUUCUUGAUUGUUCAUCUCCAUGAUCGCACAAUCCUGAACUCCCUGUCUUUUCUCCACACCAGCCACAAACUAAGAUAGAUUUGAACCUAGGCAGACAGGUGGGUGAACAUCAUAGAUGACUCUUACAUGUGCAUGAAUUUUUUGUUUUAACGGCUAACAUUAUUGGCUCAAGCUUGUGGUCUGUUCAAACUGUCUCCCCUUGGGUUGAGACUGUAUCUGACCGCCCACUCAAAGCCUGGCCAAGUUGGCACGGACUGGCAAAAGGAAAUGAUGAUCAUGUUCACAUUGACCAGUGUGUCCUUCAUUCUCCCUCUGAUCAAGAUCUCAAAGGUCAAAUCGUAUAUCACUGAUUUUAAAAGAAUCUCCCACUAAGGAUGAUGGGCUUCCCACAGUCUGCUUACAGUGGGGACUUUUUCCUAAGCAAACCUACAUUUCCUCUCAGCAGGCUGAGGGGCCAGACCUUAUAGACUGAUUCCUGGACGUUGGUACUUGUAAUAAAAAUUUUCACUAACCAUGAGAGAGUUUCCACAAAUACUUCACAUAGAAAAUUUGCUAUAAAUAUGUCAUCUAUAGCGCAAAUUUGAGAGGACCUCAUCAAUUUAAGGUAAAAACUCUGGGAAGGCAGGCAACAUAACCCAUGAGUCAAAAAAAAAAAAAAAAAAAAGAAAGAAGGAAAUUCCAUUUCCAGCUUCCUUGCUGAUGUUUCAGAUCCAGUUGUCUUGAGUGAACUCUGCACACUCAUCCCCUCACCAUGACUGACUCUGCCUGCCCUUAGUGUCUCAGACCCACCGUCUCAUCCAGGGUCAGACUAACUCACAUGCCAGGACAUACACUACCUGCCUAAUUUGUACAGAGAAGGCAUAUUUGAUCUCUUUUCUGUGCUAGUCCUUUCUCAUGCUUAUCUUUUCAUAUGCUUUUUCCCCUGACCCCAGCCAGAUCCUCCCAGCUUUCUAACUCUGUCAUCUCUUGCUUCUUACUUAAAAGGAUAACAUUUCUCAUGAACCCAAUACUUCAUCUCUAGGUUCCCCUCUGACCGUCACUAGUUGUAGUUGGAUGUUAAGUAAACAAGCUAGAAUAUUCUGCACCUCCCCUCCUCCGACACACACUUUGUUUUUAAAGUAAUAAGUACUUGAUUCCAACAGAGAUUCCACCCCCACCCCCACCCCCCCGUCGCCCCACUUUCCUCUGUCCCCAGUCAUACUGAGGGGAAAGAAGGGACAUUCUCCCAUGAACUCUGAACUCUGAUCCAGGCUUAAUUAGGCAAAGUAAGGAAAUGACUUUCACUGAAAUGCAAACUAAGCUGGGAAAGAUUACAAACUAGAACAGCAGCAGUUGUGGUCUUCCUAGCUUGAGGGGCCACAAGACCAACAUUUUUGUCUUAGCUUUUGUUUUUAUAGUGGUUCUAGUCUGAAGCUAACUGUCCAGCACUAGAAGGCAUGCCGACUAACCAUGGGCUGCAUUUGCUCCUACGCUGAGCACCACACAAAAGCUUGAAUCUUUGUGUCAUACGCUUGUUCCAACCACUGCUUGCGUGAGCAUUUUUGUGCCUUAUAACGAGAAAAUACACUUUUCAAUUGUAUUUCUUACAUCCCUAAAAGCUUUUUAAAAUAAGCCUAGCACGAAGCAUCCUGCUGACUUUUUGAUUCCAAGAUUAUUGAUUGAUUGGAUUGAUUUUUUUUUUUUUUGCAUUGAAAAUUUACACAACAAAAUAAAUGAGAUGGAGAGUCAGGGAAUAAAAAGUCAAAAGAAACAUAUAGAAGCUUUUUUUUUUUUUAAAUGUGUUGCUUCUGAACUUUUUUCUACCACUGCUCCCCAGCCUGUUUAGUUUGUUAUUGCUGCUCUUUUUCUUUCUGUAUCUAUGCCU